GCUAGAGCAGGGCGAUAAAGUACGUUAUCGCGUGGAACUUAUUCCAAAAGGAAUUGUAGCAACGUAUGCGACGAACAUUCGUCAACCGAUGGUGGUAACGUUUGGAACAAAAGAUCGUUAUGGAGAAACACUUUCUAUUGGGACUUGUGCUGCUGGCGUUCAAACUGAGUGUAAAGUGUGUUGUAAUUAAUCCGGCUGUGGCAUAUCAUCUGGAGUACAAUUUGGCGGACAAUGUCGACUGGGUACGCAUCCCAACGAUGGUCGGCGAAUGGAUUUGGACGCAUCGACGCUCGGUUAAUGCGAUGAUGAAACAACACCGAUCCGACGAGCCGCCAGUUAAAGUUGAAUUUUUGCUGCAUACAAGACGAGACACUGUAGACGAAGGUCAUUCGAUGGAGGUAGGAAAUAUUGAAUCAUUGCUAGGUUCCAACUUCCGGUCCGAUCUUCCAACAAGGAUCAUCGUGCAUGGUUGGCAAAGCAGCAAAAGCUCCCCGCUAGCAGAAAGUAUUCGUGAUACGUAUCUGCUGCUUUGGGACUACAAUGUGAUCGUGGUUGACUGGUCGGAUUGUGCGUUGGACUGGAACUACGUACGAGCGGUCGGAUGUGUUCCCGUGGUUGGUCAAACACUUGCCCGUCUGCUCGACGAGUUUCAGCAGCAUGCCGGACUGAUGAUGGAGAAUGUGUACGUCGUUGGGCAUAGUUUAGGAGCGCACGUUGCCGGCAUAGCUGGCAAGAGGGUUCAGAAUGGACGGCUGCAUACCAUCAUUGGCCUUGAUCCGGCAUUGCCACUGUUUUCGAUUCACGAGAAAGAAAACCGCAUCGAUCACCAGGACGCAAUGUAUGUGGAGGUGAUACAUACCGACGGAGGGCUUCUCGGUUUUCGGGAUCCGAUCGGGACGGCUGACUUUUACCCGAACGGAGGCUCCCAUCAACCGGGCUGUGGGCUGGACGUGGUUGGACUGUGUUCGCACACUCGUGCUUGGGAGCUGUUUGCGGAGUCGUUGCUAGAGCCGGUGGAAAACUUGGUGGCCAGUCGGAUUGAAUCGUUGGAGGAGAUAGAGCGGCUGCCGCCUGUGGAGAUGGAUUCCAUCGGACUGGGCGAUUAUGUUGUCGAGCGAGUGAAAAUGGGAGGGGAACCGUCGAAUGCUGGACACGCGCAAGGCUUGUACUCUAUCACCACGAGUGAUAAAAGUCCAUUUUUUCGCAAAAAUAGGAUAGCCUAAAAUUUUGCAAUUUUUGCUUAGCUUAGCGAUCGCGCGUAGUCAUAGGGAGCUGCUUACCCAGUUUUAACUGUGUCCAAUUCAAUUCUCUCGGAAAGCUACGGUUGGGUCAGUUAGGCAGUGCGAGCAGAAUUAACGAUCUUUUUUCGCACAAAGUAAAUCCCAUAAUCUGGUGGCAGUGGAAAUCAAAGCGCAGUCGCAUCUGUAGGCUUUAAAAAGUCAUCCUAAACCACUUCACAUUUGAUGUCAUAAGCUAUUGUUUUCACCAUCUGUGGUCACUGCAGAAUUACGUAAAUGUGUGUGAGUUAUUUUCCGCAUAAAUUCGAUUACGAGUGUGCAAUAGCGACCCAUUUUUUGAGGUUCCAUCUUGAGCAGUUGAAUGUGUCACUUUCGUUAUGCUUUUGUAGAAAUUCGACAAUGAUUUUGCUUGCGUGCAUGUCGGUAAAGACGUAAAGUAUUAACAAAUAGAUUUCUUUUGCGCAGUGAAAAACAAUGUGAAGUCAAUUGCUUGAAGCUAGUAAUAGAAAAGUAAUGGAGUAGAAAGCAUCACUGGUUAGGUUUAUGUGGCAUGUUCACUUAAAAUCGCUUAGCUACUGAGUGUCCAGCACACGUCAUAAUUUCUUUAUAAUUAAUUAUAGUUUAUGUCUAAAAGUAUCUUGCUAUUAAACUUGAAAGAUUAUUUUGCACGUUAUUGUGUUAUUGCUUACAGCAUAUUUGAAAACUACCCCUAUAAACUAUUUUCUUUAAAAGAACUCAAGGAUUCGAUUAGAAGCGAUAAAAAAUAUUAGGUAUGAAUAUUGAAUGAAAAUGUGGAUCUUAAUCCAAUAGUUGUUAUUUUCUACCCACAUAAACGACUCUUAUUAUCAUAAAUGUAUACAGAUUAUUUUAAACAGGCAAUUGUAAUGCACAUAGAUUUAGAAACCAAUUGAAAAUUGCGUGUGAAGUAGAAUUAAUUGCUAAAAUGUCUUACAUUAUUUUAGGUUUUUAAGAAAUUAAAUUAGACCCUUGAUUUACAUGGAGGAAUCCUAGGAUUAAUAUAGUUCCAAUAUUUAAUCCAUGCAAUUUCCAGAGUAUUGUAAACGAAACAAAAGCAAAUAAACAGCCAUUUUUGACGUUUCUA